CAGCCGGGCCGACCAGAAAUUUCAAAUAGCGCGCGCAUUGAAAAAAAUUGAGAAGAGAGAGAUCGCUUACACACUCGCUUCGCUCGCCCGCCAGAAAAAGUUUUACCAAUCAAGUUUUUUAUUUCGCAAUAAAACAAGCACGGAAAAAAGAAACAAAACUUCAACCUAGUUAAAGUUAGUGUCGCUGUCGUAGUGACCGUUUCGUGAGUGUGUGCUGUGCAUGUUCUGGUGUUGAUCGCUGCGUCGCAGAAGAAGAAGAUGUGCAAGCAGGAAAAACAAAAGAGAAAUUGAAUACAAUUAAAGUUAGCGUUGAAUCGAAUGGCCAAUAUAGUGAGCGAAUAAAGCUGUACAUAUGUGUAGUUAAAAAUAUGAAUAAUAGUACCACCAAAAGUCGUGUUCCUCAGCCCCCCUCGAAGAUCACAUAUACAUAUACGCGAAAGCUUGGUGUUGGUGUUGAAAUCGAAAUUGAAAGUUGUUGUGGGUGAGCAGCACACUACUGCAAACGGAAUAGAACGCGUCGCGUGUGUGUAUCCCUCAGGCAUACACACUCAACCACUGGAGCUGUUGCCAAAAGAGAUUGUGAAAGGGGAAAGCUCGACUUGGACGCACACAUGUGCACAGAAGACCCACGACGUACAUACGAAUUCCAUAUCCACCGUGAACGCUUAUCCAUUGAAUCUUAGUUGUUUAGUGCAAGGAAUUAAACAAUUUUCGAUCAAUUGCUAAUGAAAGAGUUUCAGAGAAUGUUGAUGUUGCAAUACAGCAAGCAUGGCGAGUGCAUACUCAAGGAAAUCGGAGCAGCGUUCCGGGGAGAGCACCCGGCAGACCUCACAAUCGUGUGCGAGAACAAAGUGAAGCUGCAUGCCCACAAACUGGUGCUGGCCGCCGCCAGUCCCCUCAUAAGAAACCUGUUGGAGGACACUCACCUGAGCGACUGCUCGACCACCGUCUACUUUCCGGACGUCAAUGCCACCUACUUUAAAUUCCUGCUGGACUUUCUGUACUCCGGACAGACGUGCAUCACCUCGCGCGACGUGAACUACCUGCACGAUCUGCUGCUGCUCCUGCAGAUCAAGUCUGACAGCUGGAAGACCACGGACUCAGCCUAUCUGAACAGUAAGUGCGGGAGCAUACGCGAGAGAUCACGGAAGCAGUAUUCGUCCUCCCAGAACCUGGACCAGACCCUCAAGUAUGAGGUCGACAGUGUGGACGAGUCCAGAAAUGCGGCCGACUAUUCCACAUGCUCGGCCGAGCACUGCGAGACUGCUCCCGAAUGCGGUGGCGGGGAGGUGGCCAAGGAGGAGGACGAUGACUGCAUGCACAAGGACAACAAGAGCGACAAAGAUACAGAUGAAAUCGUAAAUCUCUCCAACGCGCCACCGAGUGGCAUCAGCAACCACAGCAACACCAACAGCAACAGCAGUAACAACAACAACAACAACAACAAUUCGGCUAUAAAUCCAGUUAACCUUUCACUCGACCUCCGGACGAAAAGCGAGAACUCGGCCCGCAGUGACGCCAGCAGAACCAUUGGAUCCGGAUCUGAUCACAGCGGCAUCGACCUGGCUGUCAGCGCGAGCGAGAGCACGAAGCGGAAGGGACUGUUCUUUGACUCCCACAAGGAUGUGCUUAAGCCGCUGUCCGACGGGUCGGACAUCAACAGCUCGCCGGAAAACUACGUGGUUACGCCCCAUCGAAAACGACGACCUGGCUUUCACAACACUCAGAGCGACAAUCAGCCAUUCACUUCGUAUCAGCACAACCUGUUGGAGGAACUGAGACUGGUCAAGUCGACGACAUCGCCCAUAUCUGGAUUUGGCUCGGAGAAGAAUAUGCUCGCCCAUCUCGAGGAUGGGGCGCUCAACGGCGACAAUAUGACGCCGGACCGGAAGCUACUCGAAUCGCAGAGGAACCGUGCACAGAGCCCGGAUAUUCCAAUGCAUUUGGGACCCCAGUUCGUGUACCAGUGGCAGUCGAAUCAGAACGCCGCGAUUUCCGCAAUGCCCAAUCUGCAGUCGCGACUCUCUAGUCUGUCCCACAUGAAUCUGGGGCUGGACCCAGAGGGUCGCAGCAGCUCCGCCUCCGGGUCGAACAUAGCCAGCAGCAACCCCCACUCGUCGUCGGUGCGGGAGUACCGGUGCGAGUACUGCGGCAAACAGUUCGGCAUGUCCUGGAACCUCAAGACCCAUCUGCGCGUCCACACGGGCGAGAAGCCCUUUGCCUGCCGCCUCUGCGUGGCCAUGUUCAAGCAGAAAGCCCACCUUCUCAAGCACUUGUGCUCGGUCCACCGGAACAUCAUCACCACCACCAAUGGCACGGACACGGAGAACCGCUACAGCUGUUGCUUCUGCUCUAUGUGCUUCGAGUCGGUGCAGGAGCUGGUCCGGCAUCUCUCCGGCCACCACAACAACCUGCUGCUGACCAAGAAUCUUCGCGAAUAACCUAACCGAUCUUUGAGUUGGCUCCACCCGCCGCCAAUCCAAUACUUGCAAAGAGACCUGAAUUUUAUAUAUAUAUUGUAUACAAACAUACGGUAAACAGUAACAGUAACAGAUUUAAUUACUUAUUGUAUAAAGAUGUAAAAUGUACAUUUAAAUCGUAAGCUUACCAACAUUCACGUGACUACUUUACUGGAUUCACGAUCACCUUACCGACAACAUGGACGGUACGGUCUAAACUCAGCCAGAGAUGGGUCUGGGGCUGGUAAUUAGAAUCCAAGAAUCCGAGCCCGAGCAAGAGAGAGAGAGGCGACACAAGUUGUUUUUUUUUCUCAUUUGAAUUGUAUUUGACUUUCAAACACCACACAGAACCCCAUGUCCACUACACUCUUUUUUUAAAACGGCUGGUCCAUUAUGCGGAACAUUAUUUUCUAAGAAUAUUUGUAUACAAACGGUAUUGUAAUUUCUAUUUUAUUUUCUACCCCGUCUUACAUGAACUCCAUUACAUUACCUACGCUACCUACCUACACAUAUUUGAAUAACUUUUAUACACUCUUGCAUGCUAAGAUUUUACAUAUUCCCUCCUAAAAUCGCCAAUAAAGUGUGUAAAUAGUACAGUAUAAAUUCGCAAGAUCGUAAUAAAAUCAGAAAAGCAUUUUAGUUUUGUCUACGAGUAUACAUAUUUUCCAAACAAUUUAAGAAAUAUAUUGUUUUUAACC